CUUUCAUUGUGCAACAGCAACCAGACUGAACGAGUGAACGGAGCCUGAUGAUGGACUUCGAGUGCUCCGACGUCGGUCUCUGGAAAGAAGCUCUCUCCUCCUACCCUGUUCGCAUCAAGUCACUCAGCAAGCCCAACCUUGUCUCCUUCGAUGAAUUCUACCGUAGCGAGCUUCCUUCUCUCCUCCACCAACGAAACCCUAACCCCUACAUCACCACACCGGAGCUUUCCAAGCUCAUGCAAUGGAAGCUCUCUCGUGGGAAAUGGAGACCUCGAUUGUUGGAUUUCGUUUCGUCAUUAGAUGAUGAGCUAGUGAAAUCUGCUUCCGAAAAGGCCUUUCAGUCACUUCCUGAUAUUUCCAAGGCUGUGAACGCGCUUACGGUUUUGAAAGGUGUUGGUCCGGCCACUGCCUCUGCCAUUUUGGCUGCUUAUGCGCCUGAUGUGGCGCCGUUUAUGUCCGAUGAGGCUAUGGUUGCUGCUCUUGGACACUCUAAGGAUUAUACACUGAAGCAGUAUCUAUUAUUCGUUGAUAAGCUACAGACAAAAGCUAAGUGCCAUUCUAAAACCAUGGCAUUUGGUUUGAAAAAAAAAAAACCUUCAGGAACUGAGUUCAACUGGGGACUCCUUGACGCCGUCAGAUGUAGAAAUGGCUCUUUGGAGUUCUGCUGUAGGGGCCAAGUUGCAAACUACACAAGCCGAUUCAGAGCCAAAGAGUAACUCGGGCAAGAACUCGAAGAAAAAGAGAAAACGUUGAUUUGGAUUUAGAUUUGUUAUAUGUAAGUUGUAUAUCAGUAUAUGACCUACGACAUGGCAACCCCUUUGUCCUUCAAAAAAGUUUUAAGUAUUGUGAUGUUAGACCAAGCUUAUAAAUCACAUCACUUGGCUUUCACCAAGAGAUGUGGAACAUUUUGUAGUCUUAACAGACAUGUCCAAGCUGCAACAAAGGAAACAAGUAUGUUUUAUAGCAUUCGCAUCAGUGCUUUUGUA